AUGAAACGAGGGCAAGUGCAAACGCUCUGUGUUCUCAAUGCAUGCCAAAACUAUAUGGCCAAUACUUCACAACUCACAACAAGGGCUCCUACAACUCUUGUUGGUCCUCCAGAGCUCAAAUCUUUAUCGCCGCCGCUGCCGCCACUACAACCACCACAACCCCAAUUAGUACUGAAAGCUGCUUCCAGUCUUAGCCAUGGGACCAAGAUCCCCUGCUCCUACGGUAACCCCUCCUGCCUUGAUCUCUAUUUCCACGUCCUGCCAGGCACCCCGGACUCCGGCAGAAACUGCCACCUCGAAGAAUUGUUCUACACGGCGGCGCUUUGGCUCCACCAGAACCACCCCAAGACCCUAGCGCACAACCUCCUGCCAAUUGCUGGGUCGUUGGGGCGUUUCAGAUCCCUUCUCGAGGUUCUGUACGGGGUUCUAGAAGGCCGGGAUGAUGCCAACUACAAGAGGAAGAGGAUAAAGAGGAUGCAAAACCUGCUGUAUUAUUAUGAUGACUUGAUAAUUAAAACAGUAGGCAGCGGGAGGCGUACUAGUAGCAAGAAGAGAGAGAAGAUCAUCGCCAUGGCCAAGAAAGCUGUUGAGAUGUACGAUGGUGAUCAAGAUUAUCAGUUUCUACAUGAGCGGGUUUCGGAUAUUUACACUGAGUGCUUGAAGUAUGAUAUAAAAAACUUGAAGAAAUUUGAGCAGCAGGAAAAGGACAAUCGAGGUGGUGCCCUUCUGUGGAUUCCUUUUUCGACCGCUCUCUGUGAGAGCAUUGCGAAGAAGGUUUUCCCACGAGAGCAAUGCUCGCAAGGCGGUUGUGCUGAGGAGGAGGAGGAGGCUGAUUACGCGUCCAGGGUCCGAGAGAGGCUGAUGAAGGAGGUUUUGGAGCCCUUGAGGAAGGCCAUGGACGAAGGCUUUGAAGAUAUGUUUCCAAGAAAGCAGCACUCAUGUCCGAUUGAGAAGUAA